AAUGCUAGACGGCCGUUAAGAAAGCGGUUGUGUGCUAAACAUUGUACGGGAAGUAAUAUCGAGAACCGUGUACAAGGAAUUUCAACGAAACAGUCAUUUUAUUUAUUUUAAUAUUACAUUGUUAGUGUAUAGUGUUGUAGUGUUAUAAAAUUUACAUUUAACGUGAGUACAUGCUUGAAAGAAGCCGUGUCUUUUGUUCAUGUCGAACGACAUGCAAUGUGAAUACUAACAUUGAAUUAUCAGUGCCGUUUGACUUGUGUACAAGACAUUUCACAAUUGAAUUCAAUAUCGCGUCGUGUUCUGCAGUUCUUGCGUUUAAUAAAACUGUUAAGUUUGUGAUUAUAAUUGUGAAAAUAUUAUGAGAAUGUCAAGUCCAAGAAGUAUCAAUAGUUCUGUUCGCGAAGGAACUCGUGUAGUGCUUCGAGAGACCACUGCAUCCCUUCAUAAUUCGUCGCCUAUGCAACUUCCUCGUAAGAGUGGCGGCGACAACGCAGCAUCAAAAAAUGCAGAGCAUGAGGUGAAGGUCCGAUUCGCCCGCGAGUUCACCGACGUUGGAUCGAUCACCUAUUCGGCACCGGAGAGUCUGUCCUCUGCAAGCAGUUUUCAAAGUCUCAGCAGUACUUUAAGCACGAAAAGCAAUAGUGGUAUCUAUGCGGAUUUCAUCCCUCAGAGCCCUAGCCAGGUUCCGAAUGAUUCGUACGUCAAUUCGAAUAUAUCUGGUUUGGAGGACCUAAUUGCCGGUUGUGCAGAGAUACAUCUAAACAGCGACGACGAUCAUUCGUAUAGGACUCUUCAGAACUCGGAAGAUUUCAGUCAGGAUCAGACGUUUGCAUCUGCCACCGAUCAACCGGCCAAUGUCAGCAAAAAUCUCUCGCAUAACAUUUCCUUAACGAACUCUCAGAAUGCCGUGGUGGAGGUCGUCGAUGAUAAUUUGACAACAUGUGAAUCUAUGUCUGCGCCAAUUAAUUCUACCGAAGUGAUUGAUGAUGAAGCUACUUUUGGUACCAUCUGCAUUAAGGAACCUGUAGCGAUUGUAGAAUCAAACAGAAGGAAUAGUUUUAUACGAUUAGAGACGGUACAGAGAUCGAGCUCUCCUAACAAGAGCGACUUAAGCAGUAGUGAUCAUCAAACGAACAACAACUCUGUUGAUGAUAGUGAUAAGAUUCCACUACCGUCUAAUAUAAAGAUAUCUAAUUUCAAUUCAACGACGUGCUUAUCAUCUAAUAAAGAAAUUACAAACGUCUCUAAGAAAGAGGAACCUAGAUUAAUAGAAAAUAUCCCUGUUGAUGAGAGUUCAUUGCCAUGUAACAUACAGGAAUGUAACUUAAAUUCAACGACGUGCUUGUCAUCUAAUAAAGAAAUUACAAACGUCUCUAAGAAAGAGGAACCUAGAGUAAUAGAAAAUAUCCCCGUUGAUGAAAGUUCAUUGCCAUGCAACAUACAGGAAUGUAACUUAAAUUCAAUGACUUGCUUGUCAUCUAAUAAAGAAAUUACAAACGUCUCUAAGAAAGAGGAACCUAGAUUAAUAGAAAAUAUCCUUGUUGAUGAGAGUUCAUUGUCAUGCAACAUACAGGAAUGUAACUUAAAUUUGACGGUAUGCUUGUCACCUAAUAAAGAAGUUACGAAUGUUUCUAAGGAGAUAGAAAACAAUUCCAUUGGUGAUGUCGGUGAGAUUUUAGUAUUACGCAACAUAGUGGAAUCUAAUUUAAAUUCGACGAUGUGUUUGUCACCUAAUAAAGAAGUUACAAAUGAUACUAAAAAAGAAGAAUCUAGAUCGAUAGAGAACAAUGUUAUUGAUGAUAUUUAUGAGAUUCCAGUGUCAUGCAGCAUAGAGGAAUCUAACUUAAAUUCGACAAUGUGCUUGUCGCAUAAUAAAGAAGUUACAAAUGAUCCUAAAAAAGAAGAUUCUAGAUCGAUAGAGAACAAUGUUAUUAAUGAUAUUGAUGAGAUUCUAGUGUCACGCAUAGUGGAGUUUAAUUUAAAUUCGACGGUGUGUUUGUCACCUAAUAAAGAAGUUACAAAUGUUCCUAAGAAAGAAGAAUCUAGAUCGAUAGAGAACAAUGUUAUUGAUGAUAUUGAUGAGAUUUCAGUGUCACGCAGCAUAGAGGAAUCUAACUUAAAUUCGACAAUGUGCUUCUCACCUAAUAAAGAGGUUGCAAAUAUUUCUCAGAAAGAAGAAUCUAGAUCGAUAGAGAACAACUUUAUUGAUAAGAUUCCCGUGUCAUGCAGUCCAGAGAAUUCUAGUUUAAAUUCAAUGGUAUGCUUGUUAUCUAAUAAAGAAGUUGCAAAUGUUUUUAAGAAAGAAGAAUCCAGAUCGAUAGAGAACAACUUUAUUGAUUACAUUGAUAAAAUUCCUGUGCCACGCAACCCAGAGGAUUCUAGUUUAAAUUCGACGAUGUGCUUGUCACCUAAUCGAGAAAUUACACAUGUAUCUAAGAAAGAGGAAUCUAGUUCGAUAGAGAACAACUUUAUUAAUGACAUUGAUAAGAUUUCAGCGCCACGCAAUCAAGAGGAUUCUAGUUUAAAUUCAACGAUGUGCUUGUCACCUAAUAAAGAAAGUACACAUGUUUCUAAGGAAGAGGAACUUAAUCCGAUAGAAAACAAUUUAGCUGAAAUAGCUAAAGAGGAGUUAGAUACAUUGAACAUCGAACAACCAAAUUUUGAGGAACUACAAUCUGCUGCUGAACAAUUCGCUAAUGAUGUUUAUAAAUCUUCGUUACAAUUCUCAGAAGAAAACGAGCCUUUCAUCAACGCGACAUCCGAAAUCUUUCAAGAUCCUAUGAGUUUUGAUUUUUUGAUAAAACAUGGUAAUUCGAAAACUGUCAAUCGUUUGAGGGCUGAAUCCUUGUAUGUAAAAUUUGAUCCAUUGGUAGCGGAUACCAGUAUUUCUACUCAAGGAAAUACACAAUUCAUAAAGGAAAAACAAAACGAUAAAAAUGAAAGCAUUAUGAAUAUUGAUACUCCUGAACGUACUUCAGUGAAUUUUAACACUCCCAAAUGUAAUCCUGCCAUAGCAGCUAUAGAUAGGCUACUUUUUUAUAGCCCUAUUUCUACAAAUAUGACGCCAAAAAUAAAUAAACUUCAAGAAAAAGAGACAAGCACAAAUCAGUCUGCAAAAGAGUCCGAAUCAGACACUCCGCUUAUUAUCGAUGUUAAUAUGAAUAAGGAAUUAGAAUUAGUAAGAUCAACCGUAUUACAACUAGAAGAAAAAUUAGAGAAACAGAGGAAAGAGUAUGAAGCUGAAAUAGAAAAUCAAAAGAAUGCUUUUCAAGAAAAAAUUAACAAAUUACAAACACAAAUAGUGCAAGAGAUAAAAAGUAAAUCUCAAAUGACAGUCGUGAUCGAAGAAUAUGAAAAAUCGAUUAGUCGAAUACUUACAGAGAGAGAAAGAGAUCGUGUGAAUUUAGAACAAGAAAAAGCAAAACUUCAAGAAGAACUGCAAGCUACAAAUGUUCAUUUAAACAACACAGAAGCCGCUUUCAACGAUGUUCAUCAAAAGUAUGAAAGGCUUAAAGGAUUCGUAUCCGUAUAUAAAAGUAAUGAAACACUAUUGAAAGAGAGCAUCCGAGAGAACCUGGAUACAAUAAAAGGUUUGGAAAUGCGAUACGAUCAACUGAAGAAUCAUGCGAAAACUGAACUUGAAAAAGCUAACUAUGAAUUGGAUGCUAUACGAAAACAGCAUGAAGAUGAAACAACAAAACUUCAUGCAUUAGUAAGAAGAGCGGAAUUAAAGAGUAACUCUUUGGCUGAAUUGGUAGAUCAAAAAACUAAAGAAAAUAAAGAGCUAACGCAGAUAUUGGACGAAGUGAUUGCCAGGGUUGGUCAUCAAAGUCCAGAGUAAAAAAAUGGAAAAUUAAACAAAAGUUAUAAAUGCAACGCGAUUAAUCUUUAUUUUUAUUCGGCUAAACAUACAUACAGUAUGCAGCUGAAAAUUAUGUAUGAGCAGACAUUAAAUAAUU